UACACCACAGAGGGCUGCUGGUCUGGUUGAGUCUAUUCUCUCCUCUGUACCAGGACAAGAUCACAUCUUUCCAGUUCUUCACAGUGCGCACCACUGAACAGCUGGAGCUUUAGAGGAAUGAACCAUUUGUUCAGAUGGAGAAGGCUUGCCAGACUGAUGUUCAUGCUGCUAUAUUUUGUCAUUAAUGUUCUCUGUGCUUCCCAGCAAACAGUCCAGUCUGAGACUCAGCAGGUGAAAGGCAUCGUGGGACAGUCUUUCUCUUUUCAAGAGAGGGUGAUCAAGACUGGCAAUUUACUUUAUGAAGACCUUGACAGUAUUGCAAAUGUGUACCCUGGUAAAGAAGGCAAAAUCACCCUUGAGAAGAGAUUUGAAAACCGCCUCCGUUUGAACAAUGUUACAAAAUACUUCACUCUGUCAGACCUUCAGAUAGACGAUGCUGGGGUUUAUACUGUUGAGAAUACAGACGAAGAGAAAAAAACAACCAUAUUUGAGCUCACUGUAUACAAUGUUGUUUCCAAACCUCAGGUGACAGAGUGUGACAGCAGCUCCUGUAGUGUAGUGUGUUCUGUGGACAAUGAAAAAGAGGUGACCUUGACCUUGUACAGGGGAGAGGAAAUACUAAACCAGACCAGCAGUCCUGAUCUCACCACCGAUCUUUCUCUCCAUUUGGAGGUAGAGGGAAAGAACUACAACUCCACCUACAGCUGUGUGGCUCACAACCCUGUCAGCAAUGAGACAGUUCUUGUCCCAAAAUGUUGCAGUGAACAUGGUCAUCCUAAUGAUGCAGACAGUGAUGGGAUGACUCUGGGUAUGGUUAUUGCUGUAAUCUGCGUUUUGGUUGCCUCUGGGCUGGUUGGACUUGCAAUCUAUCUAAGGAAGAGGGGAAAUGAACACUCACAAGAUUCAUCCAAAAGAGUGCAAGUUGACAUUGAGUAUGCAACAAUAAUUCCUAAAAAACGAAGAGAUAACCAGGAGGAGCGAACAGAUAUACCGGAAUUGGAGUCACACAGAACAGAUAUACCAGAAUUGGAGUCGCGUAGAGACAACCCUAACCUGACAUCAGUUUAUGAUAUACUCCUGUUACAUCGCAUGGCUGCCAGCGGGGAUGUUGACACAGCAUGAAGGAGAAAAACGGGAAGUCAAAUGAGAGGCCGAAAUGAUAACUCACAUUCUGUAGAGCAUAAAAGAGGGCGUUGAAACAAAAUGAAAGUUAAAAAAAUAUUCAUGCUAACAACCUUUUAGAGGCACCGUUGUUAUGGGAGAAAAAUCCCCUGGAACUGUUAUGCUGAUAUUAUAAUUUCAGGCUUCAUUUGUAGGUCAUUCUCACAGACCUUCUGUCAAAUAGGGGCCUCGGUUACAUCCACUGAUACUGACCAAUUCAAUAAUUAUGCAUUGAGUUGUCAGCAUGAUCAGGAUAAUCCGUCUUUUUAAAUGCCUUUUGUCCCAAAUCCCAAUGUAUAAGUUAAAACAAAUGGAACAUAUAUUUUAAUACAAUUCACUAGUGUGUUUGCUAUGCUACUUUUGUGCCAAAGCUUCCUUUCAGUACUGUCUGUUCUGUUGUUUAAAUGUAGGUGCCUCCCCUGUAUCGUUUUAUAGCUGGUCAUUGUUUAGCUUGCCAGUGGAUAGCAGCUGUGUACAUAAUUUAAAAAGAGCAGGCGUUUGAGAUAAAGCCACCUACUCCUUAGAAGCAAUGGCUGUUAGGCUGCUUUAGAAACAAAACGGUCCAUAGAUACAUGUUUUCCUUUCAACAUUUAGGUUUUAUUGAGGGGUGGCCAGCUCUAGGAAGAGUCUUGGUGGUUCCAAACUUUUUCCAUUUAAUAAUGAUGAAGGCCACUGUGUUCUUGGGGACCUUCAAUGCUGCACCCUUCCCCAAAUCUGUGCCCCGACAAUCCUGUCUAGGAGCUCUACGGACAAUUGCUUCGACCUCAUGGCUUGGUUUUUGCUUUGACAUGCAAUGUCAACUAUGGGACCAUAUAAAGACAGGUGUGUGUGCCUUUCCAAAUCAUGUCCAAUCAUAUGAAUUUACCACAGGUGGACUCCAAUCAAGUUGUAGCAACAUCUAAAGGAUGAUCAAUGAAAACAGGAUGCAUCUGAGCUCAAUUUCAAGUCUCAUAGCAAAGGGUCUGAAUACUUAUGCAAUUAAGGUACCUGUAAAUACAUUUGCAAAAAAAAGUAUAUUUUAAAUAUUGUAACAAAUGUAUAUUUUAUUUAAAAAAUGUAAUUUGUUACAUUUGACAGUGAAACCUAGCAGUACUACUUAUUUCUUUGAAAGUGAGGCGGAUGUGCUGUAUAGCAUGUUGAGGAAGGUGCUGAUUACUAUUUUUGACCACUCAUGCAGGAGUAACAAGGCCCUAGUUCACCCAGGAGUAAUAUCAUUUGGGGAUUUAUUUAAAUGUGUCUAUGGUUUCUGCAGCACUCUUAGCACCCUUCCUUCUCGUGGUUAUGCAUUAUGACUGUUUUCAAUUUAAUACGUCAAAGUUGUAAAUGUGCCUUUCCUUAUGUAAACAAACUAUAAAAAGUAAUGGCUUCAGCCAGGAGAAAAGAUAAUGCGGCCAUUUUCAAAGUUAUUUGGUGGUGCAACAAGUCAUGCAUGCUAAUCUGCAUCUGGGUCUUAGCCUAAGCCGUGAUAACCGACCUGGAAGGACAGGUGUUAAAUCAAAAACGUGAAUAGCCUGCGGCACUCCAGGAUCAUGGUUGCCUAAUUAUGUCCCAACUCUGGUGAUUUUGCAGUUAUACUAGAAUUGCUGUAUUCAAAAUAACCAUUAUAUUACAAAUACUGUAACUGCUGUUUUACAAUUGUAAUUAAAUUACAAGUUAAUGUCAUA